GUCCAAAUUGAAGCGCCGCAAUAGAAGCAAGAGCAUCCAUAGCAUAUAAGCAUAGAACCAUAAACUUCCCCCUCCACACUGCACUUGCUGUUGUGGUCACAUUUCAUACUGUUAGCAAUGGCGAAGGGUGACGACGUUGCAAGAAGAAAGAAGAACAAAAAGCUUAGAAAGAAGAGUGACUCUAACUCUCUAUCUUCAAAGGCUGCGGCCGCUGUCGCCGCCAAGAAACGCCGUAAGGCCGGAAAACGACGCCUUUGCCAGGGGAUGUGCUAUAGCCUACCUACUCCAGAGGAUCCAUUCAACGAUAAACAUGGGAAAGAGGAAAACAAAACAAGGGUUCCUAAAAAGAAACCAACGCGUUCCCCAAAAGAUGAUACAAUUCUCCUUAAUGGGGAGAGUGGACCAGGAAGGAAAGGCGCUGUUGGUCGGGAUAUUUCACAAAAAUUGAAUCAACAAACAGGAACUGGAUCUGUUGCUGCCAACAAUAGUCUGGGCCGCGAAUGUAUUAUCAACUCAGAGAAGAAGAAUAUUGAGGUGGCUGACCUUUGCGGUGCCCGACAACUUGGUUGUGAAAUUUCAGAGUUCCCUUCAAAAUUUGUUUUUUGGUGUCUAAGUGCAAUUGAAAAUGCACUACGACAUGGUGAUGCGUACACGGAUGGAGAGGGUAAUUCUUUCUUUCUUAAUUCAUGGGGAUUGGAAUUUUCCAAGUGUUAUUCUACAGGGAAAGACCUGAUGGACACUAGUGGAACCUCUGCUACUACUGAGCAAAUUGCAUGGGUAGUUUCUGCGGCAGCUGAUACUUUUGUGAGAAAAGAGAAACAAGGCUUAUCAUUUGCAUGUCCCUUUCUUUUGUUCCUUGUUCCUUCCCAUGAAAAAGCUGUCCAGGUCCGAACAGUUUGCAAGCCUUUGAAAUCUGUAGGAAUACAUACCGUGAGUAUUCAUCCAGGUGCUUCCUUAGAUCAUCAGAUUCAAGGUUUGAGAAGUUGCGAGCCUGAGUUUCUUGUUUCUACUCCUGAGAGGCUUUUGGAGCUUAUUUCUAUAAAGGCCAUUGAUAUUUCUGGUAUUUCCAUGCUGGUUAUUGAUGGGCUCAAUACUAUUUAUAGCGCUGGCCAUACUGAUACAUUAAAAUCCAUCAAGAAGUUUAUUUCUGGCAAUCUUCGUAUGGUGGUUUUCAAUGAUAGCUUCAACCAUAUGUCUAUCCCAAUGGUCCGGUAUCUUCUUACAGGAUCUAUCUGUAGACUAUCUGUCAAUAAUUCAAUUACCAGCCUAAGUUCAUGCAUUAUCCAGUCUGUUAAAGUGUGUACAUCAGAAGAAGAUAAACUAGUUCAGAGCGUUGAAGUAUUGGAUCAAUUUUCGAGCAGCGGCACUCAGAAUUCAAACCUACUAUAUAUUUUGAGGAAAGAUGCUAACUGCCAUAAAUUGGUCAAGGCUCUCAAAUCCAAGGGCUGUUCCAUUUCACAUUCUGUUAUGGCAAGUUCAAACGAUAGUGUGGAUUUAAGCAACAGAUUACGACCAGCGGUUUCUGUGAUUGAUGUGGAGCAUAUCUCUAAUGUGGAUAUAGGGACCUAUGAUGUGAUUGUGCUACCUUAUUUUGUACCUUCUUUGGACACUUACGUGCAUAUUUUGACAAAGAUGGCCCGCCAAAGUGCCAAUGGUGCUUUGCAUGGUUUCUUAAAAGAAGGAGAUGUUGAAGUUGCUGGACCACUCAUUGCGAUUCUUGAACAAUGCGGGCAGGAAGUGCCUCAAGACCUGCAGCAUCUGCAUAAUGUAUCAAACAUGGUUUCUUAGUCAUCAUUUUCUUAUGCUCAUUCCAUCUCUGCAACUCGAGAUCAAUCCCUUGUUUGCAAAGGUUGGGAGCUAUGAAUGGGAGGACGAUAGGUGUGUCUAUGGUUGGAAUUUGGAAAUGUUGCCCGAAAUGAAGAAUCUCAUUCAGAAAAUUUUUGCAAUGUUGUAAUGUUUGUUCUGCUGUUUGAAAUUUAUGUUUUUCCUGUGGGGAGUGAAGAACAAUAACAUUUGGCAACAAAAGCUUCAUGAACUUGUAGCUUUUCAUACAUUUUAUCUCAACUUAAUGCAUUCAGUCAUUCACUUUAAACAA